AUGGCGGCGCUUUUCACUCCGAGUUUUUUGAGACCUUGUAAGGAAAUGGGCGAGGGUUGUGCACAAUUGGCGCCUCCUGAUUGGUCAUCCGUCUCAGUGAUUGACAGACUCCUGGGCUCAGCCCUCCGCCGCUUUAUUGACGCCAAUGCGCAAGUUCUUCCCACCACUCUCCUGCCUGGAAGUGCUGACAGAUCGAGGGCUUCCGAGGAAAGCGAGUGCGUGCGUGUGCCCGCGCGAGUGUAUAUGAAAGAGGGGCGGGCGGGCGCCGGCGGCGGGGAUGGCCGAGAAGCGGAGGGGCUCGCCCUGCAGCAUGCUCAGCCUCAAGGCGCACGCUUUCUCCGUGGAGGCGCUGAUCGGCGCCGAGAAGCAGAAGAGGGCGGUGUACUUGCAAACGUGGUUUCCCGGGGGUUAGCGGAGAGGUUCCCGUCCCUUCCCCUCCGACUCCCCAGGCCAAGGCGAUUGGCGCUAUCGGACUGGCUUUUUAGCGCUCGCCUAGCUGCCUCGCUGCUAGGCUUGAAGCGUGGCGCCGCGGGGUCUGCAAAGGUGUCCAGAAGAUGCUUCGGGCCCGCUCGAAGCGAGGCUCCCCGGAGUCCUGUAGGGGCCCGGGGCCCGGGGCGCCGUGGCUGCCUGUGCUUGGGGCGCGGCGAGAAGCUAUGUGGGGCCUGGACCCCUCAGAAGCCCAGCGGGUGGAGGGACGCGGCCUGCGAGCGAUCCCUGGACGCGGGACUUGGGGGCCCGGCAGACCCUGGAGCUCCGGUUUGUCGCAAGGACCCGAAGACACCGGAGUGCCUCCGUUGUUGUCAGUCCUCUCUUCCUUGCCGCCGGCCUCCCCUCGGGAGCCCUCACCAUGUCCCCUCUGUGCCUUCUGCUGUCCAGGCAGUUGUGAGGAUGGCUUCCUGCAGGAUGCUUCCUCUUUGGAGUCUCCCGGAGGAUCCCCGAAGGGGUCCCGCGACCCCGCUGCCCUCGCCUCAGGCGCCGAGGGUGGAUCUGCAAGGAGCCGAGCUCUGGAAGCGCUUUCAUGAAAUCGGCACCGAGAUGAUCAUCACCAAGGCGGGCAGACGCAUGUUUCCUGCAAUGAGAGUGAAGAUUUCUGGAUUAGAUCCUCACCAACAAUACUACAUUGCCAUGGAUAUUGUACCGGUGGACAACAAAAGAUACAGGUAUGUGUACCACAGCUCCAAAUGGAUGGUGGCAGGCAAUGCCGACUCCCCUGUGCCACCCCGGGUGUAUAUACAUCCAGACUCGCCUGCCUCUGGGGAGACUUGGAUGAGACAAGUGAUCAGCUUCGACAAGCUGAAACUCACCAACAAUGAACUGGAUGACCAAGGCCACAUUAUUCUUCAUUCCAUGCACAAAUACCAGCCACGAGUGCAUGUCAUCCGUAAAGACUGUGGAGAUGACCUUUCUCCCAUCAAGCCUGUCCCAUCUGGAGAGGGAGUGAAAGCUUUCUCCUUUCCAGAAACUGUCUUCACAACUGUUACUGCCUAUCAGAAUCAGCAGAUUACACGCCUUAAGAUAGACAGGAAUCCAUUUGCCAAAGGCUUUAGAGACUCUGGACGAAACAGAAUGGGUUUAGAAGCCUUGGUGGAGUCAUAUGCAUUCUGGCGACCUUCACUGCGAACUCUCACCUUUGAAGAUAUCCCUGGAAUUCCCAAGCAAGGCAAUGCAAGUUCUUCUACCUUACUCCAAGGUACUGGGAAUGGUAUUCCUGCCACCCACCCUCACCUUUUGUCUGGCUCCUCUUGUUCCUCUCCUGCCUUCCAUCUGGGGCCCAACACCAGCCAGCUGUGUAGCCUGGCCCCAGCUGACUAUUCUGCCUGUGCCCGCUCAGGCCUCACCCUCAACCGGUACAGCACAUCCUUGGCUGAGACCUACAACAGGCUCACCAACCAGACCAGUGAGACCUUCGCCUCACCCAGGACUCCCUCCUAUGUUGGUGUGAGCAGCAGCACCUCCGUGAACAUGUCCAUGGCCAGCACUGAUGGGGAUACCUUCAGCUGCCCACAGACCAGCCUGUCCAUGCAGAUCUCGGGAAUGUCCCCCCAACUUCAGUACAUCAUGCCUUCACCCUCCAGCAAUGCCUUUGCUACUAACCAGACCCACCAGGGUUCCUAUAACACUUUCAGGUUACACAGCCCCUGUGCCUUGUAUGGAUAUAACUUCUCCACAUCCCCCAAACUGGCUGCCAGUCCUGAGAAAAUUGUUUCUUCCCAAGGAAGUUUCUUGGGGUCCUCACCGAGUGGGACCAUGACUGAUCGACAGAUGUUACCCCCUGUGGAAGGAGUGCACCUGCUUAGCAGUGGGGGUCAGCAGAGUUUCUUUGACUCUAGGACCCUAGGAAGCUUAACUCUGUCAUCAUCUCAAGUGUCUGCACAUAUGGUCUGAUGAAGCCUUUAAGUUAAACUGCAUUUGAAUCUGUCUAAUGUAUUUUCAGUCUUUUUUUAAAAAAGCAGCAUAGAAGGAAAUUAUCUGUAGCUUGUAAAAUGUACAUAUAAUAGAAAAUGAAGGCUCGCUGAGGGUUUUGACUUUCUCAUGGUGAGACUGUAAACUAUCUAUGGUCUAUGUGUAUACUGUAUAUAGAACAUGUGGCAUAAUGAAGCCUCUCUCUUUUCCUCCUCCUUCAUCCAGUUGCACAGAGUAUUGGCGUGCACGUAGGAUGUUUAAUUGAAUUCUUAGACUCUUUGGAAAAUGAAGUAGUAAACUUGAAACUUGGCAAUGAUACUCACCAGAUGAAGACUUAUAACUUAAUUUAUCAGAAAAAUGGUCUAAACAGUUCAUACUUUCUAUAACCAGCCUAACUCUAACUUAUAGAGUCUUGUGUUUUCUGUAAUUCUUGGACACAGUGUGGGAACCUAAAUUGCAAAAGCCAGUUGAAGUCUUAAUAUUAGUUCUGAGGUGUUUGUAGUAUGGAUUAGGUUUUGCAUUUCUGCUUAUUCGUAUUUACUGCUAAUAUUAUAUGACCUCAGAUCUAUGAAAUUCAUAACUCAUAAUUAUUUUCUAAGGAAGGUAGAGGAGCUUGUGGUUUUUUUCUUUCUUUUUUUUUUUUACUUUCCAUCAGGCAGGGAAUAUAUUUCCUGGAUUUUGGAUUUGAGGGUCAUUUUAUUGAGUUCAUCAAAAAAGGACACAAAAUAAUAUUCUAUAUAUAAACAUCCUUAAAUUCCAUUUUCCACUACAGAAGGUGGAAUAUAAGAGUAAUGGGAAAAAGAAAUAAAUAAUUGUCAAAUUAUUUGAUUCCAAUGAAAAAUGAUUAUCUUUUUAAACACAAAGAAAUAAUGCUGCCAACUAUUCCUUAGGUUUUUGUGUAGCUUGGUUUUUCAUUAUAAUCUUUUUUUCUUUUAUCUUAAAUCCUCCUGACCCAUGGUCUUUGAGUAAGGAAAGGACAUUUAAGCUACUUAUCAUAUUUAUGUCUGGUAACUCCUACAAAUUGAAACUUUCCCCUUCCUUAACCUUAUCCCUCUGUCUGAGUCUUGUUCAAAACAGACAGAUCUUAGGCCUUUAUGGUGUUAAAGUGCAAGGAAUUUCAGAGGGUUAUCUCCAGUAAUCUGUCUUGUGGGGGUUGAAGUGAAAGGCCAAAGCCCAUUAUUAUAAAGGCCCUCUUGGAGUCCUAAGGAGGAAGAUACUAAUUAUGAUAAAGGAACUAUAAAACUUUUAACCUCAACAGCAUUUUUAAUCUCUGAAGU